AUGUUUAACAAUGACCCUUUGGAAAGUUUGGACAAGGAGCUGUAUGAUAUAUUAGUGGACGAGGAAAAAAGACAGAGAGAAACUAUAAAUCUCAUUGCUUCAGAGAAUCUAAUGAACAAUGGAGUGCGCGAAUGCUUGGGAAAUCGCGUGAGCAACAAAUACUCGGAAGGAUACCCAAGGAAGAGGUAUUACGGAGGUAACGACUACAUUGAUAAGAUUGAAGAGCUGUGUUGUAAAAGAGCAUUGGAAGCAUUCAAUGUAAGUGAUGAAGAAUGGGGGGUUAAUGUUCAACCCUUGUCAGGAUCUGCUGCUAAUGUACAAGCCUUAUAUGCUUUAGUAGGAGUAAAAGGGAAAAUUAUGGGUAUGCAUCUAUGUUCUGGAGGGCACUUAACACAUGGUUUUUUUGAUGAAAAAAAAAAGGUAUCAAUAACAUCUGAUAUGUUUGAAUCUAAAUUAUAUAAAUGUAAUAGUGAGGGAUAUGUAGACUUUGAUAAUGUUCAUGAAAUGGCAUUAUCAUUUAAACCAAAGGUAAUAAUAUGUGGUUAUACAAGUUACCCUAGAGAUAUAGAUUACAAAAAGUUUCGUGCUAUUUGCGAUGAAGUAGGGGCAUAUUUACUAGCAGAUAUUUCACAUAUAUCAAGUUUUGUUGCAUGCAAUUUGCUAAAUAAUCCAUUUAUAUAUGCAGAUGUAGUAACUACAACUACACAUAAAAUAUUAAGAGGACCUAGAAGUGCUCUUAUAUUUUUUAACAAAAAAAAAAAUCCAGGAUUAGAUCAAAAAAUUAAUAGUGCAGUUUUUCCAAGUUUUCAAGGUGGACCUCAUAAUAAUAAAAUAGCUGCUGUUGCUUGUCAGUUGAAAGAAGUACAUUCUGAUUUUUUUAAAGAAUAUACAAAACAAGUCUUACUAAAUAGUAAAGCUUUAGCACAAUAUUUAAUUAAUAACAACAUUGAUCUUGUUACUAAUGGUACCGAUAAUCAUCUUAUUGUUGUAGAUUUAAGAAAAUAUGGUAUUACAGGAUCGAAAUUACAAGAAACAUGCAAUUCUAUUAAUGUAGCUUUAAAUAAAAAUACUAUUCCUUCUGAUGUGGAUUGUGUAUCACCAAGUGGUAUCCGUAUAGGUACUCCUGCUAUGACUACUAGAGGAGCUAAAGAAAAGGAUAUGAAAUUUAUUGCUGACAUAUUGGCGAGAGCAAUAAAAAUAACUGUAGAUCUACAACAACAGUUUGGAAAAAAAUUAGUGGAUUUUAAAAAAGGUCUUACCAAUAACGCGGAUAUUGAUCAGUUAAAAAAGGAGGUCGUUCAGUGGGCGGGCAAUUUGCCUUUCCCCUGA